CAUUCACUUGGUGUGCGCGAGAGAAGGAGCUGCUGCGGGAAUUCACGGGAGAUAAUUGGGAACAUGCUCCAAACUUGCUAAUCGCUGAAAACAUGUUGACGCUGCCGUUCGACGAAGCUCAUAUGAUGUGCGAAGGCCGGUUCGGUGCCAAUUAUGCCCGUGAGAGUUUAGCGGAGCGCCUGGAGGAGCGCGCCGACAUGCGGCAGGCCGAGGUGGACGACCUCUCCGAGCGCGAGGAGGACGAGCGCGAGGACGAGCCGGACGAGAACGGCCUGACGAAGAAGCGGGGCCCGCGGAAAAAGAAGCCCGGGAAGGAGCAGAUGGACCGGGCCCGGCUGCGGCGCCAGGAGGCGAACGCCCGGGAGCGCAGCAGGAUGCACGGCCUGAACGCGGCGCUGGAGAGUCUGCGCAAGGUGGUUCCCUGCUACUCCAAAACGCAGAAGCUGUCCAAGAUCGAGACCUUGCGGCUGGCGAAGAACUACAUCUGGGCUCUGUCGGAGACCCUGAGCGCCGGCAAGAGACCGGACCUGCUGGCCUUCGUCCAGACUCUGUGCAAGGGAUUAUCGCAGCCCACCACCAACCUGGUGGCCGGAUGUUUGCAGCUCAACGCGCGGAACUUCCUGACCGACCACAACGGGGACGUGAUGUUCGCCGGCCGCGCCCCCUACGACGCCAUGUACCCGUACCCGGGGUCGGAUCUGAACCCCCCCGCGGCUCACAGCAGCAGCAGCGACAGCGGCGCCAAACCUUUCCGCCACUUCCCUUACGGCGGCGCGUACGAGCACUACUACGAGAACGCGUCCCCGGAGGCCGGAAGCCCGCACUUUGACAGCCAGCUGAGUCCGCCCAUGAACUUCAACGGGAUUUUCUCCCUCAAACACGAGGAGACGCCCGAGUUCUCCAAGAGCGGCCACUAUGGCAUGCGCUACGCUCCUGGACGCACGGCGCUGACGCACAACUCCAUGUACCGAGUCUCGCCGGAGGCCCGCUUCCCCUACGACCUGCACGUCCGGAGCCAGAACUUCCCGGCACAAGGGGAAGUGAACGGCUCCUUCCACAACUGACCAUGAGAAAGUUACGCUCGACGCCAUUUUGUGUCAAGAAUGGACGAGAAACGCGCCGAAACUGCACAAUUAAAAACCACUCGUGUGUUCCUCUUUUGAGUGUUCGCAUGUUGUGUCGGAUUCUACUGACGAAUUUCUUUUGUCUUAUUAUUUGUUUUUCAGCUUUGUUCUGAAUAAAUCAGCCACAGAGAUACAGAAUAGAACAGAACCACAAUGAAAACACUGCGUCCGUUGCGUUGACAUUACUAUUUCAACAUAAAAAGUUCAUAUCUAAACUCUGAGUUUAAUCUGUAUCAUUUCGAGUUGCAGCCUGUUAAUGAUUCUUAUUUAUUUCACCGUGUUUGUGUUUUGUUUCUUUGGUUGCAGCACGAUUUGAUCACAUUUGUUUUUUAAAUAAUGCUAACUUUAAAAUGUAUCACUACAUAUAUUUAUUUAUGAUUACGAUUCAUUCAUGCAUUUGUUUCAGCCAUAUUUCUAUAUUUAUGUGACGAAUUGCUGAUUAACUAUUUUAUAUGAAAUCUUAUUUAUCUACUGGUUUACAUGAUCAUAUUUUGAUGGCGAAAAUAACCACAAACCCAUCCGCUUUCCGUCCCUUAUUUUUGAGAAAUGUCACAGUAUGAAAAUAGGCGCAGUCAUCCUCACACGUUUGAACAGUUAUUGUUUCUCUCAGCUUUCAUAGAGACAAAUAUCUGUUGAAGAGCACCCUUUAAUUCAUGACGUUAUAACGUGUGAAUUUGCUCCCUCGUGGGCUUAAGUUUGACAAGAUGUUCGACGCGAAAUAUUAUGAAAAUGAACAAUUUUAACGAAUGAAAUGUUGAAAUGUUGAAAACCACGCGGUUUUUAUUUCCUGAAACUCUACACAUUCACUUCAUGAAGUCUCCAUGGCUCCACUGCGUUGCUCUGUACCCUCAAAUAUUCAUAUUUAUAUAUUUUUUCCCGGUGAUUUUACCAACAAGCGGAGCAAAAACAAAUCAUUGUAGAGCAAUAAUUGAGCUAUGCAAGGCAGCCAUGCAAUCAUCGCAGACAAAAACAAAAGUUCCCUGUCCUCCAUCUUUUUCUCUCCUGAAUUGAGGAUCGCAACGAAGACGAUCAUCUGUAUUUGCAGUAAAUAGUGAAGUGAAUGUAAAUUGUAUUUAUUUGAAUGUGGAUACUGUAUUAUAAGAAUUACGGUGCAAUUCUUUCAGUGUUUAUUUAUUUGUGCAUAUUUGAAAUUGACCUGAUUUUUGGGGGAAUCGUUAAAAAAACUGCCUUAAAUCAGAGACGAAUGUCGUUAUGCAAAUUUCGGGACGGUUCAUCUUCUUCAUUUCAUUUCCCUCCCGUUGCUGCUGCGACUGUGACGCACUUGUGACGUGUUCCUGCCCAGAAAUGUUGUGAUCGUGAUUCUCUCGUGGAGUUUUGGAACUUCACGCGCGCACUCCCUCGUUUUGGAUCGACACACUCGUGACAUUAUGUUUCUCCUUAUGUG